AUGACGUCGGAUACCACCCGUGCUGGUAGUAGUGAUACUGGCCUGACUUGCUCAGAGUCAGUAGCUGGCGACGGAUAUAUCGCGGCUGCAGGUGUUAUCGAUGAUGUCUCGGCUGGAGGUGCGGGUGCAGCCGGUAUCCUGACUUCCAAUCUGCCGGGGCGGGCCGGGCCUUCGGCAUAG